AAGGAACAGCCAUUUGGAGGUAAUAGCAAAGCGUCUGUUAUAUCAGGGCCAGCUUCAAACUGGCAAUACUGAACUCUCAUAUAUGUGGCGAGUGACCUUUACAAAAUAUACUUACUGGCCUGCUUACAAGCCUAUCUCCACCAACCAAAAAUCACCGGAGCAAAAACAAUGGCUUCUUCUUCCACCAACCAAGCAGUUCUAGCCAUGAUUGUACAGUUUCUCAAGGAAGAAAAUCUCAUAGAAUCCGCUCACAGUCUUGAGAGAGAGUCAGGGUGUAUCUUUGACAUGAAGUAUUUUGAGGUGAUGGUCCUUGAAGGUGAGCUUGAUGAAGCUGAGAAAUAUCUUUCUGGUUUCAUUCGUAUCCAUGAUAACUUGGACUCCACCAGGAUCUUUUUUGAACUAAGGAAACAGAAAUUUCUCGAAGCACUGGACAAGAAUGAACGUCACAAGGCCCUUGAUAUCCUCACGAACGAAUUCAAAGAUUUCAUGCCAUAUAGCGACACAAUUUACAGGGAUGCUACUCUCCUGCUAACUUUGGACGAUUUCAGGAGAUGUGGAGCACUUAGCAAAUAUGGGAACGCCAAGGCAGAAAGACAAUUCAUGAUGAAUGCACUUAAAAAACUUUUCACGGAGAAUCCAAGGCUUAGACUCAAAAUGCAGCCUCCUACGUUCAAGAAUUCAAACUUCCUGCGUCGCCUGGUACUUGGAGAUUCAAAGAGAUCUACGAAUGCUAGGCUUAAUUAAACCUACCAAUUUAAGAAGAAGAACAACUCAUUAGAUCCAUUUCAUUUUUAAUAAGCAACAUGAGCAUGCUUAAGCUUAAACUGUUUUAAUUUAAUUGUCCACUACGACGGAUUUUGUUAUAGUUUAAUGAUGCAUUUUAUCUGCUUUA